AUGAUCGACUACAGCAGCUACCCGCACAUCAUCGACCACAUUCUCUCGCUGUCCGCGCGCCCAGAACUACUUGUCGUGCGCCAAACAAGCCAUGUGUUUCGGGACAAGGCCGACGCGCUCCUGGCCGCCCAUGUUGCUGUCCGCGUCGACUCUGGACGGGUAGUCGUCGAAGCAAAGCAUGUCAGCGGCGAGGGUGCGUCGUCUUCCGUCUCCAACCUCCGUCUACCUGCUCUUGCACCAUUCUCAACGGGCGCCGACGGCGAGCACGCUGUGCUCCAAACGCGCGUCCUCCCCCAUGUCCGAACUUUCGACCUCGACCAUUCGGCAAUGUACCCUCUCGACCCAGAUGCUGUAGGGCUUGCAGCCCGCCUCCCGCGCGUACACACGUUUAGGGGAUCCUACGACACAAACUCGCCCACGACCCUCCUUACCGCGCGGGUGCGACGGGGUCGGAGCUCAUGGUCGGACCGCAUCCAACUCGUCAUCAACGUCUGCACGGAUGUGUGGACGCUCCACCUCGCUGAAGAACUCUUUACGGCUGUCCAGGCCGUCUUUGCGCCGUUGUUGGCGGACUCGCCGGACGUCGUGAUCUUGUACGGGGCCAAGAGGUACGCGGCGUGGUCGCAGCGUCCCGGCGGGCCGGACUCUAGCUACGAAGGACUCCGGCUUGCUCUGGCCAGCUUUGUGGCCCAGAGACCGGGUUUGCGAGUCGCGCUUGUGGGCUUUGACGGCAUCGAACUUGUGCGCACGCACACCCGUACGGGCGACGAGGACGAGGACAAGUACGAGUUUGUCAACUGUCCCCGGCUCAUGCGGUCACCGGCCAACCACGACCUCGACGUUGCAUACUACACGCGUAAAGAGUAUCGGUCCCUCAUCGGCCUCCAGCGCUACGCUGCGCAGACGACUGUGUCUGGCGAUAUCUGGUCGUUUGACCACGAGGUCAUCCUCCUCGGCCCUGCCGGCCGGCAAAAGUACAAGGUCAAGGGCGCGACGCUCGUCAAGUGGAUCGCGUAUGAUUACUGCAUCAUGACAGAUAUCGACACGGGGCGUUCGGCCCGCAUGAGCAUGACGCUGGAGGGAGAGACGUUCGCUGGUGAGGCGAACGUCCUGGACAUGGGUCUCGAACAUGGCGACCAUGUCCAGGUCGUAGAGGUCUAG